CAGAGUGUUAGUGUGUCGAUCAAGUACAUUCUUGAUAUCUGCCUUCUUCUACCCAAAUUCAACCCUAGCCCGACACAGACCCGGGUUGACCCGAUUCCGUCGCUUACAGUUAAGAUUCUGUUCGUUGAGUCGAUCACAACUGAAGUGAAGAUGCGUUGGUCCCCUUUUCUAGGAAUUCCGAUUUUAUUGGCCUUGCUCUCUUUCUUUCUCUUCAAUUUCCUCUCUCUCAAAUCCCCCACCAAUCAUCCUCCGCCUAGGCUAUUCACCGCGGAGGAGCUAGCUCUUUACAAUGGAACUGGCCAGCACUUGCCGAUUCUUCUUGGUAUUCUGGGGUCGGUUUUUGAUGUGAGUAAAGGCAAAAGCCAUUAUGGUGCUGGAGGAGGCUACAACCAUUUCUCAGGAAGGGAUGCCUCCCGAGCAUUUGUCUCAGGAAAUUUCACUGGAGAUGGACUUACAGAUAACUUGCAUGGUUUGUCUAGCACUGAGGUGAAAAGCAUCGUUGAAUGGCGAGAUUUCUACUCAAGGACAUACAUAUUUGUGGGUAAGUUAGUUGGUCGUUAUUACGAUGCUGAAGGAAACCCCACAAAAUACUUGAAAGGGGUUGAAGCAAAGGCAGCCAGAGGUGCUCAGCUGCUCGAGAAGCAGAAGAAAGAAGAAGCUAAUGUAGUCAGUUGUAAUUCAAGGUGGAGUCAGGAAGAGGGAUCCGAGGUAUGGUGUGACGAAGGUUAUCCUAGGCUAGUUCAGAGGCCCGUUGAAAUAGCUCUGACGGGGAAAAUGAGCAAGCGGUGCGCUUGCUUCAAAGAAGACGAACUGGACCAUGUCGGGUUAGAAGUCUAUGAUGGAUGUGAUUACUUAUCCAAGACAUGUCGAUUAUAGCACAGUCAAAGGCAAGAUCUGAAAAAUUGGAACAGAACCCUCUUCUCAUCAAGAAUCCUAGUUUCAUUUCACACGCACAAAACCAUCGAAACUUGAUCAAACUAUGGCCAAUGAGGCGCAGAGAGAAGCCACGCCUCUGUGUGGGGCGGGGCGGCGUCCGUGGACGGAUGAGGACGAGAGCGAGGAGGCACCAGUGUGGACGUUUCGGGUGAUGGUUCUAGGGUGCACAUCCUUCUUGUUUCUCUUGGUAGUGAACAGGUAUUUGGCGACAGAGACGAGUGAAUGCAUCAUGGGGAUGGGAUUGACUGUUGUUGUUGUGUAUCCCUUAGGUUUUCUCAUGGGAAAGCUUAUCCCAAGAAGAGUGGUCUAUUAUCCCAUGUUCAGAUUGGAGUUCUGCACAAAUGAAGGACCCUUUAGCUUUAAGGAGUAUGCAUUGAUAUCCAUAUUUGCUAACUUGGGUGCCACCAUUGGUGGAUUAACUUCUUCUUCUAUCUAUGUGUCCUACAUUUAGGGUUUUUUGUGUUUUUUUAGAUAUCUUUCUUGGAUUAUUUGUGUUCCUAUCUUUAAUAGAAUUUGAUUUUAUGAA